CAUAAUUGAUUUGUUGAUAGGGGUGCAUACAUGGUGUGUACUGCACAUGUACAGGGAUUCAGUGUAAAAGAAAAACACAGUGACACGGACAUCGUCGUCCCAAAAAUUUACUGAAGAACUUAAUGAUACAAGCGAAAUUAAUUAUCAUUAAGCAAUAUAGAAGUGAAAAAGUAGUGUCAAGCAGCUCAGUUUCCAAGUGAAGCGAUCGGCGAGUUGUUCAUGGUAAUCGAGCAGACGAUAACAAGUCAUCAAGUAUCAAUGGCGUUAGAUUACUCAGCGGAUCGUCUAGAUACGGCCAGCAGUGAAGCAAGGCAGAUCAUGGGACAACAGUUCCCCAAUUUCACUUGUAUCUGUGAAAUUUGUGAUUGCGGACGACACAAGCAUCACAAGAACUGCAAACGUAAAAAUAGAGGAAUCAGAGGCAGUGGUGCCAAAUGUGCUCUGAGUCACUAUCAGCAGACAUUCAAGCAUCCAGAUGCAAGUUAUCAACGUAGACUACCAAUCAUUCCUCCUCCUACACCACGGGAUCUGGACCCUCCACACAUGGACUUCAAUACCAUCCAACGCUCCGACUACCAACAACGGGUUCAAGCAAAGAAACAACAACCGAUCAAAAUGGAGGAAAAAAUGGAACGGAGUAAUGCACCGAUUGAGGACAAAACUAUGUACCGUGAAUCUUUUCCUGGACAUUCGUCCUUCCCAGCCAUUAAGAUGCGACGACCAGCCACGCAGAACAGAAAAGGUCUACGAUCAGCCAAGUUUGACAGUCGGACAUCAAAUAAGGAACAUUAUAAGCACUGGGUGCCACGCCCUGCAGCAGCAUUUGGUGAACUGCCUUCAUUUACAGGAUCCAUUCUGUACCCAGGACAGAGAAUUGGGGAACUUGAGUCUGUAACAAGGAAUGAUUUCCCUGGCAACCAUGCUGAAGCUACAAUUGCUGCAAAGAAGUUGCCAGAUAACAUAGUCACUGAAGGUGAAUUUGAUCAUGGUACAACUAACAGACACGCCUACCAAGACAUGGGACCACAGGAAAAGACUCAGACAAUCAAGUUCGCCUCACAGCUAACCCGUGACAAACGGGCAAAGUUUGACGGCAAGACCCAGAAUAUGCGAGACUUUCCAGGCUACCGUAGUCAGCCAUUACCUCAGCGUGCUGUCACACCCCCACCAGCCACUAUCAGACUUAGUAUGGACUCAAGAAUUGAGUUUGUGACCGAGCAGCAGGACCAGUAUCCUGGCCAUGAUACCAGACAACAUCCAAAGCCAGAACUUAUGCUGAAAGAUCCUAAGACCUAUUCAGUGCCAACUACAAAGUUCACAACCACGACAACCAAUAAGAUGACUUAUAAGCCCAUUGACACCAAAGAUGCUUACAGCACCACACGGAUGCGCCCAAUGACCAACACUGACAGACAACCAGGCAAGUUUGAUGAUCAAACCAUCAACAAACGCUUCUACAAAGACUGGGGAGUCAAGCCACGCAUACGCUAUGGAGACCUGCAUGAGGCCAAUAUCUACAUACCACCAGUAGGUCAUAUGGCUGCCCAUUCAGAAACUAUGGCUAACUUUGAUGGCAAGUCAUUAGCUGAGCCCACACGUCCAUUCCUGCCAGCUACCCAACCAGCUGAAGAUCAAGGCAAACAGGACUUCCGUACAGUGCACAAGGAAACCUACAAAGGACUACGCAAGCCUCUAUGCAAGGCAGAAGCCUACAUGCUACAGCAAGAAUUAAUACGAAGGAAAACAAUGAGCAAAAGUAAUGAUCCAAAACAAACUGUAACAGCAGCUAACUAAACGACACACAGUGGCAGCUUGCUCAACACAAAUGUUAUCAAUUGUAAAUAUAACAUUCUUGUAAAUAGACAAAGAUCACUUUUGAACAUUAUGUAAUAUAUGGGCUUUCAGACCCUGAGGUAUUCCAAUUUGUAUACAUAUACAUUUAUAAAUCUACUCUGCACUUAGACCAGCAUGCCUUAGCUGAGUGCUAUAAAGCGAGUGAAGGCUGAUUGAACAGAGUUGAAUGUAGUAUGUGAGACAUCACAUUGCCUGAGAGCUGAUGAAUGUCCCUUCCUGUAUGGACUCUUAUGUAUAGAACAGUAGAUUGUGUUUGUUUGUUUUUAUACCAGUGAGGGCUCCUUGGGCAGGGCACUGCCUGUGCACACACAUUCAUGCAUAUGGCUUUAAGAAUACAAAAGUAAUUUGCCUAGCCUCUUUGCGUGAGCUUGUCAUAUGAUGGCAGUGCAUUCAAGUGUUUCACCUAACUGUGGUAUAUGUGCGUAGAGUCCAUAUCAGAAUGAAAAGCUGAAAUAUCAAUGCUUUGACACUUACAGAUGAUUAUCUGUCUACACAUACCUACCAUACCUACAACAUAUUCAUGAGAAUCAGCCAUCCCUUGCCCACCAAUAGUUUUGCUAUGUAUAUGUAUAUCCAUGCAUGCGCAAAUGUCACACUCGGUGUAAAAAUGCAUAUAAGUACAGUAUGUGCAUGUGUUUGAACAUUCCUGGGACUUACAUGUUUGUGCAUAUGCAAGUACAUGUAUUGCCCUAGCUACCAAGAAAGAUGGCAGCACACAGACAGCAGCGUUAUUAGCAACUGAAUAUACAUGUACGUGUAUAUCAGGUCAUGGAGGAAGGAAUAGACAGGUAUAGUGAAAAAGCAGUUUCCUCCGCUCUACCUUGGAACUUUAUGAUACGUUAUAGGGGUCAUAUGUGCUGUCCAUCCUUAAACCAUGUUUACAUUGUAUUUGUAUAUAUUUUACCAAAAGAAUUCAUUUCAAUUGUGUGGGAGUGACAAUGACUACCGCCAAGAGAACCAGAGUGAAAUAUUUCCACACAAUACAUUGUAUAUUGUUCACCUUCCUGAAAUGAUGUGUGGACUUGGCUAUUUACCCAAACUUUUCUCACAAGAUUUUUUAAAUUAAAAAAAAUCAGUUGUCAGAAAGAGGACAGUAUAGGCCUACAUUUUUUUGUUAUGAAUUAACAUCAGCUGAUGCAUCAGCAGGUCCAAAUAACAGAAAAUAAAGAAAGGAACAAGAAGGGUCUUCGGUAGUAAAGUAAAUCCAGACUGUGUGUGUGGGUAUUUGCUGCGCUUUAGUGUGAGGUGUACAUGUAUAUAUCUCCUCAGGUACAGUACUCAUUUUCUAUGUGUGUAUAAAUGUGUGUAAGUCCAGCUGGGCAUUGUAUAGAUGCACACUUAAUGCAUUGGUUUUCCCACUCUAAAUGGCCAUACCUUCCAUCCCUUGCCUGAAUGUAGGUACAAAUAACCAUAAUUAAAUGUGCGUCCUUUGUGUGUAGCCUAUUUCAACCCAUAUAUACAUGUGUAUAUAUUUUUAAAAAGCAGUUGAUGUAAAAUCAUUGUUCGUUAUGGUGCAGCACUCUAUGCAUACUGGUACUUAUGUUGUAUUAUUACUCUUAUUAGUUGAAUUAUGCAAGAUGCAUGUUAUGGGUUCCAUCCAGCUAUUAUUGGUCGAGUCCUGUCACAUCAAAUAAUCUUCAUGUUUAAUCAGUCACUUUGAAUGAUGAUUUGAAGCCGAAGCGUGGUCUUCACUUCACAUAAACCACUAACAAAGUUGUGGUCCUAGAUGAAAAUAUACAAUUAAUGUAUAUAUAUUGUACUUGCGGGCGAAAUCAAAUUUGACGAGUGUAAAAUCUUGGAAUUGUUGAAAAUAUUAGAAUUGUGACCACCCGUGAACAAAAAGCAUCUUCCUUACAUGACAGACAGGAUACAUCAGUGACUCAUUCUUGACAAGAAUAAUUUGGGGCUUAUAAAGUGCUUUUAUUGUCCAGCAUUGAACUGAAUACAUUUGGCCAGCAGGCAACUACAUGUUAACAUUUAAUUACAGUUACAAGAUACAUUAACAGCAUCGUGAGUAGGAAUUGGUGCAACAAUAACAGGCAAUAAUCUCCAAGAUCAAUGGUUAAUAAUUACAUGUGGCGUUACAAAAAUAUUGGUACUGAACUG